GCUUCACUGGGGCUUCAUGUUCCUAAUGGGCGUGUGCAGACAGUUUGCACAUGCUCAUACAAUCUAAGGCAGGGCAGGUUCUUUUGUUAGACAAGGGCUCAACACCAAGCGCUGCAUAGCCGCACUACCAAUGAAACUGCUCCCACUCCUAGUGUUUAUGUCCACUUUGCUGGACUAUGGCUACACUUCUCAGAACUGCAACAUGACGUGCCAUAAAGAUGCAGAAUGUCAAGUUAAAGGUGGAGUGCAAGGCUGCUAUUGCUUCUCAGGAUUCACAGGAAAUGGCAUACAUUUCUGUCAUGAUGAUAACGAAUGUGAAAAUGCUACACAACCUUGUGGAGAGAAUGCUAACUGCACCAAUACCGUGGGAAGUUAUUACUGUAUGUGUUUAACUGGAUUCAGAUCUAGCACUGGUCAAGAGAAGUUUGUAACUAAUGAUGGAACCUUUUGUGAAAAUGAGUGCACUGAAGCAGUAACUGUUGCCUGUGGAGAUCAUGCGAAAUGUGAAAUUGUGGAUGGGGGAUAUAACUGCUCUUGUAAGGAAGGUUAUCAACCAUCCACAGGAAAAUUACAGUUUAAGCCAAAUGAUGGCACUUCCUGCCAAGAAAUUCCAAAGGCAAAGUGUGAAUUACAUAAUGACUGUAUAACUGAAAAUAUUACUAGAACCUUAACUGAAAUUAGGACUAUAAAAGAACCCUUGGCUUUCCUGCAAGAAAUCAGGAGGAACUCUUCAGGACAACUUUCACCUGUAGAUAUGAUUUCAUAUAUAGAAGCAUUAUCUGUAUCUUACCCAUCUCUAAGUACCACCAAUAACACAAUUUCUGACAAGGAAGCACUUACUAAUGUGACCAUUAAUGUGUUUGUUAACACCGUGAGCAAUUUUGUUCAAAAGGAUAAAAUUACACUUUGGGAAGCCCUCCCUACAGAAAUCAGAAGAACAAGUAUCACUAAAUUGAUGCAUGCUGCAGAACAGGCAACGCUGCUCAUGUCACAGAACUUCAAAAAGACAACACAGCUAGAUGUUAAUGCAAGUGAAAUGGCUCUCAAGGUUUUUGCUUUUGAUUUAUACCACAUGAAACACAUUCACCCUCAUGCACACAUGGAAGGAGAUUAUAUAAAGAUAUCUCCAAAGAAAAAGGAAGCAUCUAAUUCUAAUGGCACUGUUGCAGUUGUGUUUCUGCGGUAUAGCAAUAUUGGUUCUUUGCUUUCAUCAUCUAACAACUCUUCAUCGAAAGAUAGUUCAGAGCCAAAAGAGACAGUAAGCUCAUCAGUUAUUGCUGUUGCAAUUAAUUCAAAUCCACCUACACUCUACGAGCUUGAGAAAAUAACAUUUACUUUAAAGUACAUCAAGACUGCAGAUAAGGAUAUUAAAUGUGCAUUUUGGAACUACUCAACAGACACAAUGAAUGGGAACUGGUCUACAGAAGGCUGUGAGCUGACGCAUUCUAACACUACUCAUACCUCAUGCAAAUGUAAUCAUCUGACUCAUUUUGCUGUUUUGAUGUCUUCAGGCGGCUCUGUUGGCGUUACAAAUUAUAACAUUCUUACAAGAAUCACUCAACUAGGAAUAAUUAUUUCAUUGAUUUGCCUCUCUAUGUGCAUUUUUACCUUCUGGUUCUUCAGUGAAAUUCAAAGCACUAGAACAACAAUUCACAAAAAUCUCUGCUGCAGCCUUUUCCUGGCAGAACUUAUCUUUCUUGUUGGAAUUAAUAUGAACAAUAAUAAGCUCUUCUGUUCAAUCACUGCUGGAUUGCUCCAUUAUUUCCUUUUAGCUGCCUUCGCAUGGAUGUGCAUUGAAGGCAUACACCUAUACCUUAUAGUUGUAGGAGUCAUCUACAACAAGGGCUUCUUACACAAGAACUUCUAUAUCUUUGGUUAUGUGAGUCCAGCAGUCGUGGUUGGAAUUUCUGCAGCACUGGGAUAUAAAUAUUACGGAACUACGGAAGUAUGUUGGCUCAGCACAAAGAAUAACUUUAUAUGGAGUUUUAUAGGACCAGCAUGUCUAAUAAUUCUUGUUAAUUUGCUGGCUUUUGGGGUGAUUAUUUACAAAGUGUUUCAACACACUGCAAUGUUAAAGCCAGAAGUUAGCUGUUAUGAAAAUAUAAGGUCUUGUGCUCGGGGUGCUCUUGCUCUCCUGUUCCUUCUUGGAGCUACCUGGAUCUUUGGGGUGCUUCAUGUCGUUCAGGGAUCAGUGGUCACUGCGUAUCUUUUUACAAUCUUCAAUGCAUUUCAGGGGAUGUUCAUCUUCCUGUUUCUUUGUGUUUUGUCUAGAAAAAUCCAGGAAGAAUACUAUAGGUUAUUCAAAAAUGUUCCUUGCUGUUUCAGCUGCUUAAGGUAAAUGGAAGAAAAAUAUGUAUGAGCAGUACAAUGGAAGAAGGGAGGAAAACAGACAUUAUUGUUAUUUCAGAAAAUGUAGCAUUGUGAAACAUGAAAUGACCUAGUAAACAGUACUCUCUUAACUCAGUAACUCUCUCUCUCCAGUAUAGGCAUUGUACAUUCAUGCAUAGUAUUUGAACUAUACUGUAUACAAUCAGUAUCCAUACAUAAAAUAAACUGUAUUGUUAUAAAACAAAAAUCAUAAACAAAAAGAGUAGAAUUCUUAAGGAUGCUAGGAGCUUUUUGUAGUUUAGGGUUUAUUUCUAAUAUUAGAUGUAUCUGCAGUACAAAGCAAGAGAGAGAGAGAGAACCAACUGGCACAGCUGAUUGGAUUAAUCACUUUGCUAGUGGAAACAUGCCUGUUGUCUUUUUUGUGGUAAUGAGCUUCUUCACAUAAAGUUGUUUAAUACCAUCUACAGGGAAUGGGUUCCAUUAAAGUAUUAAUAGAUUCAAGUUUGUUUCAGCCCAAGCUUUUGUUCAAUUUAAAGUAGAUAUUUAAAAUGUUUUGUGGUUUCAUAUAAUUCUCUUCUCCCUUCCAUAUAUAGUUGUAUAUUAAUCUUUUUUUAACUUGUAAGGAAUUCCUCUGAAGUCUGGUCUAAUAAAAUAACUUGGACUGACAUUUUGUAAGUCCAAUUUCUUCUGUGACUAUCUUCACAAGAAUUCAGUGCUGGUUUUAUUUAACUAUUGAAAGACUGAGAUCUCUAUAUCUAGCAUUGUGACUUGUGAAGGUUUUGGAAAAGAUAUAUGUUUUAUGAGUUUGUCAUCUGGUAGACAUUUUGAGGAUCCUGACCUUAUUUGUCAAAAUAAAAUGCAGGAGCAUAAGUUACAUGGGCAAAUCAAUGCAAGUGUAAAUGCCAGGCUAUGUGCCUUUGAUUUCACUGUAAAAUAUAUUGUAAAUAUAGCAGAUUCCUUUGCUUCCUUUAUUACAAGCACUAGUCUUCCUUCCAGCCCACAGUUACUGCAAGCAGUUCUACAUGUGCUUAACUUUAAGCAUGUGAGUAAUUCCGUUGACAUCAAUGGACCUGCUCAUGUACAUUUUCCAGGAUUAAGGAUUAAACAUUUUGCUUCUGCAAUUCCAGUAAUGUCACCUUAUAAGAUCUGCUGUCAUGUCACACUUUUAAGUGCCUGAUCCGGUAAAGUAUAAACCCCUCAGAUCCCACUGCCUUCUCAGGAAGUGUGGCACCUGUAAGAAUCAGGCCCAGUAACCUUACUGGUAGAGAACUGUGUAAAUAUGUAGCUGUUCAUAAAAUCCUAUUGCUGUUUUUUUCUAUUGAAAUAAAGAAGACAUUUUAAAUUUUAUUUAUAAAAAAGAAGCCUUUUUAGUAAUGGUGAAAUUUGCUCGUUUUUUAUCUAUUAUCCGUACAUACAAGUCUUUAGUUACAGAACAUUUCUCAUUAGAAAUAUUGUGUGCUUUUGUCAAAAUCUUCUUUGGAAAAUUCAGGCGGCAAUCUUGUUUUCAUUUCUUUUCUAUUGGUCACCUGUGUGUAAAAUAUGUUAAUAAAAUAGAACUGUUUUGUUUCAUUCUUUCAACAUGUUUCCUAUAAUUCACUUAAAUAAAUAAAGAACACAUUUUAUUGCUUUG